AUGGCCGAAGGAGUAACAUCAGUGCUAGGCGAGGGAUCACCUCACCGCGCGAGAAGAGCAUCGCUCAAGAUCCUCAGCCGCAACAUCGGCAACGUAGUCCUGGGGAAUCUUCUAUUCGACACAUGGUACUACUCGCCGUAUCCCGAUAACAUCAUCUUGGGGCCGGACUACCACCCUUCAAAAUACAUGACGACGUCGGACCUGCGCAAUGGAAACGUGAGCACGCCACACGAUCUCAACAAAACUGAACCGUUGUGUCGUCGACUCCAUGUCUGUCCGUCGUGCUUCCGCUACACGCCGGACGAGCGUAGCUAUAUACAGCACCUGCACCAUCACCGGGCGAGACGCGAACAGGGCCUGGAAACCCAACCGGUGCCCGAGAGUGCAUUCAAAGUCUACGAAUCUGACGGCUACGCGGUGUGGGAGAUUGACGGCGACAAGGAGAAACUCUACUGUCAGAAUCUUUCGCUGUUUGGAAAGCUCUUCCUUGAUCAGAAGAGCGUCUUCUUCGAUACGGGAGGUUUCAAAUAUUACGUAUUGACUUACUCCUCACCAGAGCCUGUGGUCAGCGCACCCACCAAAGGUCGAGGUCGCAAGAGGAGUUCCUCGGUGCUCGACGAUGAUCUGAUCGAACGUUCUCAAGUGCUCGGAUUCUUCUCCAAGGAAAAUCUCUCAUGGGACUCGAACAACCUGGCGUGCAUCCUGAUCUUCCCGCCCUUUCAGCAUCGACAAUUGGGCCAGUUGCUCAUGUCUGUGUCCUACAAACUCAGUGGGUGGGAGUGGGAAGGAGGGGUGAUUGGGGGCCCAGAAAAACCUCUCAGUGCCAUGGGUCGCAAAAGCUAUCUGAGAUUCUGGUCCGAGCGGAUUGCUCGGUUCAUAAUGGGACAAACCGCCGACGCCGAUGGGCAAAGAGUGUUCCACAAGGCCAGAAAGAAAACCCUCCACCCGAGGAAAGAAGAAAUGUCCGUCAAGGAGAUUGGAGACCGGACGGGUAUGCUGGGGGAGGACGUUGUCGCUGCGUUGACUGAAAUGGGAAUUUGUGUUGUUCAAAUUCCCAAAAGGAAGAAAAAGCCAUCAAGCGAGAUCAACGGUCUUACGGCGGGGCAGGCAGAGGUGGAAAAUGAAGAACCCACCACAAUGGUCAUCCAGAGGAGCAAAGUAGUGGAGUGGGCGGAGAAGAAUGGCGUGGAGUUGACCAGUGUUGUGCGAGAGGAAGGUUUCCUUGGAGAGUGGGCACUGAGCGAUCUGGAGGAUUCGAGCAGCAAUGUCAGCGCGGAAGCAUCCAAAAUCAGCGAGAAUGAUAAGGAUGUGGUGCCGAACGACACCUAG